CUGGCAACCCUGGACGUUUCGCUUUUGUUUUUAUUCCGGAUUGUUAUUGUUUUUGUCAGUUUUUCCGGCUCUUAUGUGUGAAGCGUGUUGAUUCUGAGCGGCAACUCAACGAUGAAUGUCCUGCGGCGCCUGGACCGCCUAAUCGCACCGCAUGCGCACCGCAGUCCCGCCAUCACCACGUGCCUGUGGCCACAGCGAUGUAGGAAUCAAUCCUCGACCAGCUCCUCCGGCGGUCCGAACUCCACGGUCACGCUAGAUGCGUCCGAGGUGCGCGGCGUGGCCCAGAUCCUGCGCCAGCAGCGGGGAAACCUGGGCCAACCCACCAGCGUCUCGCAUCCGCACCUAAUCCGGCCGGACGAGCUGGUGCCGGGCGUGGAGAUGGCCGAGUUCAAGGAGCGGCGCAACCAACUGAUGCAGAACAUCCGCGCCUAUGCGCGCAGCUUUGGCGGCCAGUUCAACGGUCACUCGAGCGCCAGCCACAUGUUGGUGCUGGGCGCUGCCUCCAAAAAAUACAUGAGCGGCAAGAUCCCCUAUGUGUUCAGGCAGAACUCGGACUUCUACUAUCUCACCGGCUGCCUGGAACCGGACGCCGUGCUCCUGCUGACCAUUGACGAGGCCCAGAGCGUGCAGUCCGAGCUGUUCAUGCGGCCCAAAGAUCCGCAUGCCGAGCUCUGGGACGGACCGCGCACCGGUCCCGAGCUGGCCGUGCCGCUCUUCGGCGUCACCGAGGCCCAUCCGCUGGCCCAGCUGGCGACGGUGCUGGCCAAGCGGGCCGGCGACCUCAAGCCGCACAUUUGGUUCGACCAGAAGAACUGCGAUCUGCCGUCGCUGGCGGAGAAUAUGGUGCGGCUGAGCGGACAGGAGCAGCGUCCGUUGCUGCCCGCCUACACGUUCGUGGAGGCCAUGCGGCUGCUCAAGUCGCGGGCCGAGAUGCAGCUAAUGCGGCGCACCUGCGACAUAGCCGCCCGCUCCUUCAACGAGGUGAUGGCCGAGUCGCGGCCGGGCCAGUCGGAGCACCACCUGUUCGCGGCCAUUGACUACAAGUGCCGCAUGCGCAACGCCAGCCAUUUGGCCUAUCCGCCCGUGGUGGCCGCCGGCCAGAACGCCACCGUGAUCCACUACGUGAGCAAUAGCCAGCUGCUGGGGCCGCACGACCUGGUGCUGAUGGACGCCGGUUGCGAGUACGGCGGCUACACCAGUGACAUUACACGCACUUGGCCCGCUGGCGGCCGUUUCACGGAGCCGCAGCGCACGCUGUACGAGAUGCUGCACCAGCUGCAGGCGGAGAUCAUUGGUGCCGUGAUGAAGCCGGGCGGCGAGACGCUCGACCAGCUGUUCGAGACCACCUGCUACAAGCUGGGCAAGUAUCUGCAGGAGAUCGGACUGGUGGCCAAGUCGGUGAGCGAGUACAAGGAGCUGGCCGGGCAGGGCUAUCGCUUCUGCCCGCACCACGUCUCCCACUAUCUGGGCAUGGAUGUGCACGACACGCCGCAUGUGCCGCGCAACACGCGCCUUGUGCCGGGCAUGGUGUUCACCGUGGAGCCGGGCAUCUACAUUGGCCACGACUGCGGCGAUGUGCCGCCCGAGUUCCGGGGCAUCGGCAUCCGGAUCGAGGACGACCUGCUGAUCAACGAGCAUGGCCAGGUGGAGGUGCUCACCGACGCCUGUGUCAAGGAUCCGCGCGCUCUGCAGGAGCUCUGCCAACAGCGGCAACGCGACGACUCUGGCGCCACCGCCUUGUAGUUGUGAGCCCAUUCGGCGCGGGCGGGAUCCACAAAAUUCCUAGUCAUAUGUCGCGGUACAUCCUUCACUGCUCCACUGCAUCCAUCCCAAGACACAAUAAUUGCUCUAAGCGACAGUCCGAGUUCUAAAGUAAAGGCAGCUGGUGUAUUUGUAAAUGCAUACAUGGCGAAUACAUUUUAAAUUCGA